GCAAACAGGUGCUUCCCUCCGCUGUUCUCUGCGCUGCUCGGGUAUAAAAGCGGUGCGGACGUGCGCCCACUCUGCAAUCAACAUGGCGCCCAAAACGGUCUUCGCUCUCCUGGUCGUAGUCUGUCUCGCGGAGCUGACGUGGGCUUCUCCAGCUCCUUUCCACAGCAGGCGGUCAACGAACGCCACAACAGCUACUGCUACAAACGCCACAGCUAACAGUUCUUCCAACGACGCCGCCAGCGACGAUGACAGCUCGAGUAGCAAUAUAUUCAGCGAGAUCAAGGAACACGUAGACAACGUUUUCGGUAACAUAUUUGGCAAACGCUCUGUUGACUCCAGCAAUUCCUCUGACGUCAGCUCUUCCUCCAACACCACCACCAGCAGCAAUGACACUUCCUCCGAUAACGUUUUCGACGAAAUUAAAGACAAUGUGGAAGGGUUCUUCGGUCACCUGUUCGGGAAGCGCGCCGUGAAGUUCCCGACACCUGACGUGUUCACCAAACUCUACGAGGAGUGGGCAAACCAGAGAGCCAACCGCUCCGUCACCGUUAGAGCCACCAACAGCAGCUUCACAAUGGGCGACUUGUUUACCGAGGUUGUCAAGGGCUGGCUCAAUGGAGACUACAGCAAGCGGUCUGUUACCGUGAGGGAGACCGACAACAGCUUCACAAUGGGCGACUUGUUUGUCGAACUUUUCAAGGAAUGGCUCAAAGGAAACUUGGACAAGCGUUCCGUUACCGUGAGGGAGACCGACAACAGCUUCACAAUGGGCGACUUGUUUGUCGAGCUUUUCAAGGAAUGGCUCAAAGGAAACCUGGACAAGCGUUCCGUUACCGUGUAAACAUACAGAUAAUGGUCAGUUUUGCCAUGUACUUUGUGCACCACUUACAAGAGCAAUUAAGUGACUACAGAUGCAGCACACUACUUGAUCUGAUUUCUGGUAAUUUAUUCCUGAACUAUUCAUUUGUGCAAUACAGCUAUUUUCACAAUAAACAGAUAUAGUUAUCCUU